CACGUGGGGACGUGGGGUGAAAUUUUAAUUAUAAAAUUGGGUAGACAACUGAUCGAUAGGCACUCUUUCCAAACCAAAAAAUAAUCAUGUUUAACGUCACUAAAAACCUUUGCUUGCUUUUCUUGUUUUCUCUAUUAUAUCCCUUCAUAUUACUCGCUUUUCUUUUUAUAAUUUGCAUUCUUUGCGUACUCUCACCCAUUUGGAUCCCGUCUGUUGGAUAUAUUUCUUUACUAAUAAAUAUAAUAAACACGUAUCCUGUAAAAAUUAUUUAUAUUAACAUCGAUGUCUCGUAUUUUAGCUAAAGUAAUGGGCACUUUUAAAACAAAUGUGAAAUGCUACAAACUCUUUUCACGUACGAGAAAGUGCCUGGUCAAGUACAAAGGUUUCUUGGUAAUAAAUAGUUUCUUUAUAUUCUUGAAUAGCACAGUGGCAAUACGCCAUAGCUCGAAUGAGCCAGAACUUUAGGUGGCCCUAUUCGAUGCCGGAAUAUCUUAGAAGGAGCGCCUUCAAUAGCAUCACUAAGGUUGGGUCCAAAUCCGAUGAAGAGUUUGAUUUAGAGGUUGGGCUUAACCUCCUAUUUUUCUACAAUGCACUUGACAAGGGUGAGUUUUCUGGACGCGAAAACGAUUGGGUGACAGUACAUAAUCAAAGAAUAAUAGAGUACUAUGGGCAAAAGUAUGACGAUGAUAAAUUGAACUCCAUAUUCAAAACUAUGCCUGGUGCUGUACAAAUACACAAAAUUGCCACGAGAAUUAUUUUAUCUAUUAUUUUAACGGCCCUAAUGAUUGGUAUGUCUGAUGUAUUUAUGGUUUCCAUCGGUGAUGAUACCAAUUGGACUAAAUGGGUUCCAGCCAAAAUUCAAGUCUGGGAAGAAUAUCCCGGUGAUCAGGUGGAAGAUGCCCUUAUUGGCAAUGACGUUACAGACCAAUUAGCGUAUUUACAUGAGCCGGUUAAUCCGGUUAAAUUUUUAGAUGUUAGAGACUUACUACAUUUGUAAGAACUUGUAGUUAAUUUUUUUAUGGGUGAAGUUUCACGGUGCGCCAUUGUGUUAAAUCUGAUAUACAGUAUUUCGGGAAUUUUAUCACUAUGUAAAAUCAAAUGAAAUGUGGUCAAAAUAAUAAUUUAUGCUAGUUUCGUAUACAUAAUAGUGUUUACUUUAUGUUAAUGUGUACAGAUCAAAAUUUUUUUUCGCCAAAAGUUGCUGACAAAUGGUAUUUUCCCAAUCAAAUUUCACUAUCACGAGACAGUGGAAAAUAUUCAUUACAGGCAUCACACCCUCUACUAUUCACGCAAACUAUAUUUAUCUGAGGGACUUGUUUUUUCGAGUGGGUUAUUCGUCACUGUUUAUUUUUACACGUUAGUACAUAAUGCCAUAAUGGCGUAAUGCGGGCCAAAAGUCACGUGAUAGUAAAAUUUUUGAUGGGUGGUCUUAUUACAUCCUUUCAAUUUGCAUAUUUGCAUUAAUU